ACUGCUCCACGCGCAUUGGCGCGGCCAGCUGUCUGUCUCCGCGCUGGGGAGGGGGCGCGCGGCUGCGGUCCCUCUGCAGAGGGCUGCGCGCUCCGCGGUCUCCGAGGCUCUCCGUUGUUUGGGCCCGUGCUCCUCGACCUCGGGAGCAGGGCUGGCCUGAGACCGCGACUAUCUGGGUAAGUAGAGGCAAGACCAGAGGCUCUGAGUCAGAGUAUGGUGCACUGAGCCCUGGUAACGGCGGCAGAUUCGGGGUCCUGGUCACCAGAUUAUGAGGGACACGGACUGCAAGGUCGCCGAUCCUCAGGCGGCUCAGGUUGGGCUAUAAAGGAGAAGGUUAACCAAGAAAGUGCUUUCAUUUCAAGUCAAAAGAAGACCCUGUGAGCAGCAGAUAAAGAAGGUGUUUGUGUCCUGAAGAAGUCACAGAAACAACUGUGUUGUGAGGGGAGAGUGGACACGCAGGAGAAAUAGGACCCGGUGUGAUAUUCUUGUCACAGAAGACUUAAGGAGGAAGAGAGAAGACACGUUUCCAGAGAAUGAAAGAGUGCAGCGUCAGAAUGGAAACCAACGUUUCUGAGAUUCAAAUAGAGACUAAGGAUGAGAAGAGACCAGUGGCAGCCAGUCCUCAGAAAGAGAGGCAGGAGAGAAAAAAGGCUACACUGUGCUUCAAGAGAAGGAAGAAAGUGAGCAAGACAAAGGCCAAAGCCGGUGCCAAGUCUGCUGAGGAGGCAAAGAAGCAUGCCUCAGAAGCUGGCGGUUCUGGUCAGCGGCCACCAGCGGGGGCCUGGGCCUCCAUCAAACGCCUUGUGACGCACAGGAAAAGGUCCGAGUCUGGAAAGAAGCAGAAGCCAUCUGAGGGAGAAGUGCAGCCUGAGGAUGGAACUCUACCUAAGAAAAAGGCAAAAUCCAGACUUAAGAUUCCUUGCAUAAGAUUCUCAAGAGGGGCAAAGAGAAGUCGUCGUUCCAAACUCACAGAAGACUCGGGCUACGUCAGAGUCCAGGGAGAGGCUGACGAUUUGGAGACAAAGGCCCAGACCCAGCCAGAUGACCAGGCAAUCCAGGCUAGGUCCACCCAGGACCUACAGGGAGGUGUGUCUGGGAGAGAUGGUAAGGAGAUCCAAGAAUCACACAUAAGCAACAGCGUCACAUCGGGAGAGAACGUGAUCGCCAUAGAACUGGAAUUAGAAAAUGAAUCUUCUGCUAUCCAGAUGGGAACUCAGAGGCUGGAAAAGGAGACUAAAGUGAUUACCGAAAAGCAAAGUGUACAGGCGCAGCAAUCAAGUCUACUUGAGAGUUCAGCAGCAGGCUGUCCUCGGCCAGUGACUUCUGCUGCUCCUCCAUCACCAGCAACCACACGUCAACGCAGUCUGGAAGGACCCAGUGAUGGCAUCCGGGAAAGUGUACCGAGUGGGAAAGAUGACAAAAGGAGAAAGACUGCUGCUGAAGACAAGAAAUCAGGAGAGACUGCGCUGGACCACACAGAGGAAGCUGCAGUCGGCCAGGCAGACAAAAGUGCACUAAGCCAGGCAGAAGAAGAUACGGCGGGCCAUGCAGAGGAAGCUACUGAGAUCCAGACAGACGGUCAGGCAAAGGAAGGUACAGUGAGCCAGGCAGAGGAAGCUACAGUGGCCCGGGCAAAGGAAACUGUGUUGAGUCAGGCAGAAGGACCUGCAGUUAGCCAGGCAAAGACAGCUGUGGUAGGACAAGCAAACAAAGCUACAAUUGGCCAGGCAGAGGAAGCUAAAGUUGGCCACACAGAGAAAGCCACAGUGGAUCAGGCAGAGGAAGCUACAGUUGGCCACACAGAGAAAGCCACAGGGGAUCAGGCAGAGGAAGCUACAGUUGACCAGGCAGAGGAAGCCACAGGGGAUCAGGCAGAGGAAGCCACAGUUUGUCAGGAAGAGGAAGCUACAGUUGGCCAGGCAGAGGAAGCUACAAUUGGCCACACAGAGGAAGCUACAGUUGGCCAGGCAGAGGAAGCUACAAUUGGCCACACAGAGAAAGCCACAGUGGAUCAGGUAGAGGAAGCCACAGUUGGCCAGGCAGAGGAAACCACAGUUGGCUGGGCAGAGGAAGCUACAGUGGGUAAGGCAGAGAAAGCUACAGUUGGUCAGGCAGAGAAAGCUGUAUUGAGUCAGGCAGAGGAAGCCACAGUGGGUAAGGCAGAGGAAGCCCCAGUGGAUCAGGCAGAGGAAGCCACAGUUGGUCAGGCAGAGAAAACUGUAUUGAGUCAGGCAGAGGAAGCCACAGUGGGUAAGGCAGAGGAAGCCCCAGUGGACCAGGCAGAGGAAGCUACAGUUGGCCAGGCAGAGAAAACUGUAUUGAGUCAGGCAGAGGAAGCCACAGUGGGUAAGGCAGAGGAAGCUGUAUUGAGCCAUGCCCUAGAUCUGAAAGAAAAUGGAAUUGAUACAGAGAAACCGAGAUCAGAAGAAAGCAAAAGAAUGGAGCCAAUUGCUAUUAUCAUUACUGACACUGAAAUCAGUGAAUUUGAUGUUAAGAAAUCUAAAAAUGUUCCUAAGCAAUUCCUAAUUUCAAUGGAAAAUGAGCAAGUGGGGGUCUUUGCUAAUGAUAGUGAUUUCGAGGGGAGAACUUCAGAACAGUAUGAAACACUCUUAAUAGAAACGGCUUCUUCUCUCGUCAAGAAUGCUAUCGAGUUGUCUGUAGAACAGCUGGUUAAUGAAAUGGUUUCCGAGGAUAAUCAAAUAAAUACGCUGCUCCAGUGACUUCAUUUCCAGGUCACGGGAAGGAAGGGGGAAAAAAACCUUAAAAGAUGAAUUCUUUUAUACCUUUGUGGCAUUUCUUUCUCAGUAAUAAAUUAGAGGCUUUUCAUCUGUGGAAUCUAAAGGUACAGUGCCAGCCCAGAAGUGCUAAAGGAUCAAUGAAGGUUGUAAAACUCUGCCAUUGAAACACAGUUCUGGACUGGAGGGAGUCAGCACAGAUCUCAAUGUGAAGUGACUUCCGGGGAGGUGUGGAAAUGGCAGGCGAGAGCCCAGUGCUUUGAGGAGGGAAGACUACUGAGCACUGGGUGUGCUACAUGCUCUUACAGUUCUCUAAUGUCACCAGGUCUGGGUUUCUUUCCUAUGGUUCGACCCUGUGUUAUAGGUGAACGCUACAUUCGCUUUCCUUUACAGCGUUUUCCGGCUGUCUCUAACGGUGAAGCAGGUGAAUGGACCUUUCUGGUCUUGAAUAAGUUCUGUACUAAAGCCAUUCAUGGGUUCCUUCAGCCAGGCAAAUAGUUAAUAAGUGUGUAGGCGUGGCCACAGGGAGUGUGUUUUCUCUCCCCGACAUCUUUCGGCUCAGUAGACCUUCAUAUACCCAUCCGUGACUGGAUCUAUCUCCUGAGAAGUCAAAAGGGGAAUAGUAUUUUUUACCCAGGAGGCAAACUUCCCAGAUAGCAAAGGAUUCCCUUAGCAGAGCUACUUCUUUGGGUUGUUUCUCUUUAUUUUUGUUUGUUUCCAGACAGGAUUUCUCUGUGUCGCUCUGGCUGUCCUGGAACUCACUCUGUAGACCAGGCUGGCCUUGAACUCACAGAGACUGCCUCUGCUUCCCAAGAACUGGCCGAGAUUAAAGGUGUGGGUCACCAUCACCUGGCUAAAGGGCCAGGAAACCCUUGUGAAAAUAGUUCUUGGCCAAAUAUAAACUAUGUAAUGAACUGAAUAAAAAGUCAAAAUUCACACUAAAAACUAGAUUUUCAGCACCAGUAUUUUUCAUUGUGUCUAGCCAUUAACACUGUAACAUACUUCCAUCCCCUCAAGUUAGGGUCCAUAUUGUACAGCACCCCCAGCCCACUAUCUGAACUAGGCGAUGGUGUUCCUACUUGUUCCAAGAGAUGCAGUACACGUGUGCAUUGUCUGCUGAGCAUCCUCUUGAGGCAUGAGCACCACUGGUUUGGUUGGUUGGUUGUUCUUAUUUUUGUUUUUUGUUUUGUUGUUGUUUUCAAGACAAGGUUUCACUGUGUAACCUUGGCUGUCCUGAAACGUACUCUGUAGACCAGGCUGACCUCCAAUUUAGAGAGAUCCACCUGCCUCUGCUUCCAGAGUGCUGGGACUAAAGUCUUGCACCACCACUGCCCAGCAAGCAACUCGGAUUUUCAUCUGCUCUGCAUUUACACUGUGUUUAUGGACUGCAUAUGUAUACACUGCUUUUUCCUAUACUUUUAUUUUGUAAAUACAUAUUGUGAUCUUGUGCAAAAGUAACUACUGUGGCUUUGAAAUUUAACCAAAUGGUGGAUGUUUAGCAAGACUCUUGGCUGGAAUGUGGAAAUAUUUUCUUCAGGCUUCCUUGUUUGGGAUGGGCAAUGGGGGUAUCAUUUGGUUUAGAUAAAAACACAUAACACAUGGCCACCUCAAUACAUUUAUUUUAAUUGUUUUCCUUUUAGACAUAAAACCAAAAAAUCACUCCUAAAUCAUCUUUUAAAGAAUAUUUUAACCCACUGUGUAUGGUGCUAAUAGACUUGUAUAGACAGCUACCAGCAAACAUGUUUAAAAUGAACUUUUAAAAGCCUGGUUAAAGUUGGUGCACUUUGCAGUACUUUAAAUAAUUCUGUAUCUAUUUACUAUAAGAAUGGCUCCAAGGAGAGCCACAUUAAACUCACAUUAAGGUUUCUAAUCUCUUAUGAAUGAAUAAAAUCUAUAAGAUACAAAGCUCUUAGUAAUUGAAGGUAUUCUGGAUUUGGGGAUUUUGAAAAGCAGGUACAAAGUAAAUUUGUAAUUUUGGAAGUAAGAUAGUAGCCCUGGGUUUCAGUUUCAGGUUGUGUGUGUGUGUGUGUGUGUGUGUGUGUGUGUGUGUGUGUGUGUGUUCCCUACACUGCUAUUUGAUAACUACACCUUUGGUUAGAAUGUGUUGUUAUAAUUGAUUGUUUUUAUAAGAAAACAUAUUCUCCUUCAUUCUUAAGUAGUUUAUCUGGCUUUUUUUAAAAAAGAAUUUCAAUCUGUAAGCAGAAUGCAGAAAUUCAUCAGUGGGUGGCAACCCUACGUAUCUGCUAUAUGGCCAAAUGAUAGUGAAUUUUAGGGUGGUCCAAACUAUUCUGUUGUUACAAAAAUAAGCUUGGAAGUCUGCCAUAAAAUAUUUUUUGAUAAUGGGAUGUAUUUCAAGCAGUUUGACUUCCUAUGCAAAAUAUGUAGAAAGAUUCUGACUCAAUUUACACCCUUGUGGCCUUAAACUGACCCAUUUAGAGGCAUCAACUUAGGACACUCACAUUAAUUUUCAUUGACAUUUGCCUUUAAUGAACAUUAGCUAAGAUCAAAUUUCUUCUUGAACUCGGAAUUUUCUAAGGCUGGGGGCGUCUAUCAGAUCCUUCCUUGAUAAUUUUUCCGUGUAUUCUCUUCACCCUCUUAAGUCAAGCAUUAUUCACACAGCACAGAGGAUAUAAGCACUUGCCACGAUCUUUUUGUGUGUGACUAUUCACUUAACAUUUGUUCAAAGCACUUUUUUAGGAUAUUAAAAAUAGUCCCCAGUAACAUUUAAGUAAAGGCAGCAGAAAACAAAAGACCUUUCCAACAGAAAUCAUGUUCCCUGCCACCCCCUCCACCUCCAAGAAUAAUAAGCAUGUGGCACAAAUGGAUCUCUUCAGAAAAGCUGUCUGCAUAAUUUUCCUCCCAGGUAAUGGGCUUGACAGCAUGAAGAUGGUGAUGAUCUUAAUUGGUCUACUACUUAGUGGAAUUUUAGACAUGGCUUUACUUCUGAAAGACAAUGUGGUCUCGACAGUAUAUUGAGAGAGGUUUAUGCUAGAGGCUCAUUAGCUCUGUGGCCUGUGAGAAGGCCCUGGGCCAGCCUUGCCUGUGCAGCCAGCACAGAGUUUAUUUUAUCUGCAAAUGCCUGAUUUCCAGUUGCCUUAUUAUUUUAUUUUUAUAUAGUUGAGAAUUUUUUAAGGGGUUGUGGCAGAAUUUUUAAAAUGAUUGUUAGACUUUCAGACCCUGUUGUUUGAUAAGUUCCUUUAGUCAGCUUCACUGAGUAAGUAGUCUACUUCCUGGCUUAAUGCUAAAUGCACCAGGAUUUGACGUUUAUACCUGUCAGUUUUGCAUUUUUAGAAUACCUUUGUUUAAGUUGUAUAGUUCUUGAAGUUCAAGUUCCUGUUUUACCAUGUAACAAAGUUUCUUACAUGGAAUUGAAAUUUUCAACCCAUUCUGCAUUUUAUCACACAUUUUUAGAAAGAAUUUUUGUAAUGAUCCUUGAUGACAAAAAUUUAUUAGAAUGAAUCUACAUAAAGUAUGGGUGCCCCAAUUAAGUUAGAUUCAACAUGUUAACACCUGUCAAAGACUAUAAUAAUAGGACCUCCUACAGCUCAACCUGGGUAUGGUGUGUGUGUGUGUGUGUGUGUGUGUGUGUGUGUGUGUGUGUGUGUUGGGGCAAAGGAGGUGACAACAGAAGCCAGGACCAGGGAAAGGCAGAGCCACAGACAAUGCGAAAGGUGAAGUAGAAGGGACGGAGAAGCUGGGAUCUGAAUACAGGAGCAGUCUGAACAUAAACAGUGAAUCCAUUCUGAGUCGUGACCAGAAAAGGCCUGCGUAAGGCCACAUAUGUCAGGUCUUUGCCUGUAGAAAUGUUAAGUGGACGAACCAUUAUAAACGUCAGAGUACUGCUUUAUAUUCUCGUUGAAAUUAGUGCUCCUGUGAAUCAAAGGCCAGUAGUAAAGAAAUGAUACUCUGUAGAGAAAAAGGUGUCAAGCUGAAUUGAUUCAUGUACUGACUAAUGCAGAAUAAAUGUUAUAUUAGCUCA